CUAAUGAGCGUUCGAGCUGGCAACGUUUUUUGCCCCCUGCUUGCCUCCAUUGCUGCCCUUGCUGUCUUCUCUCUCUUCCCCCCCUUCCCCUCACCCCUCCCUUUCGUCUGUCCCGUCCAAUGUGCCUCUAUGUGAACCGCGUGUUUGUGUGCUCAGACCCACGUCCCUUCCUGCUCUGA